AGCGGGGCACUGGGCCACCAGGCGAAGCAGCGGGCACCGGGCUUCCAGGCGGCGGAGCAGCGGGCCCCCAGGAGGGGCGGCGGGCGCCGGGCCCCCAGGAGGGGCGACAGGCAUCGGGCCCCCAGGCAGAGCGGCGGGCCCCCAGGCGGGGCGAAAGGCAUCGGGCCCCCAGGCGGGGCGACAGGCAUUCGGAGCCCCAGGCGGGGCGACAGGCAUCGGGCCCCCCAGGCUGGAGGGGGACAGGCUUCGGGCCCCCAGGGUGGGGCGACAGGCUUCGGGCCCCCAGGCAGAGCGGCGGGCGCCAGGCCCUCAGGUGGAGCGACAGGCACCGGGCCCCCAGGAGGGGCGGCAGGCACCAGGCCCCCAGGAGGAGCGGCACGGGCGAUGGGCCCCCAGGCAGGGAGCGGCGGGCGCCGGGCCCCCAGGUGGAGCAGCGGGCACCAGGUCAUCAGGCACGACAACGGGCAUCGGGUCACCAGACAUCAGCGGGGCAUCGGGUCACCAGGCAUGACAGCGGGCACUGGG